CCUCUCCCAUUCCCCAGAUCCAAUCGAGGCAUCCCGCCGCCCCCGCCUUCCUCUCCCUCCUGCGAUUCCAACCGCCGCCACCCCACCCCCACCCACCACCGCCGACCUCGUCUCCGCCAUGCAUCCUCUCCCCUCGACUUCCUCCGCGGCUCCAAGGCUCGGCGCUCGGCGAGGGGGAAGCGGUGAGGCCGAGGUGGAGGACGGGGAUGGGGUGCAUGUUCGACUGCUUCCGUGCGGCCGGCGACUCGCCGCGCACCGAGCGCGCCCGCGCGUAGCUCCUGUCGGAUCUAGGCUCGGCGGAGCGGAGAUGAAGAUCACGGCGUUCGUCGUGCUGAAGCCGUCGGCCGGAGGCGCCGGGGGCUCCUCCUCCAGCGGCGGGCAGGGCUCCAAGACGCUCGUGCUGGCCAACGCCACGGACGUCAGCCACUUCGGCUUCUUCCGGCACGCGAGUUCAUCGUCUUCGUCGCCCGCACCGUCGCCCAGCGCACCUAGCCUGGCCAGCGCCAAUCCGUCCAGCAUGAAGGUAACCACCCAUCUCAGAUAUGCUUGCCGCUACCUGGUAUAGUUUACUUUGUGAUACUAGAGCAAGGGCGACAUGGGCGAUUAUGGCGAUCUCUGCAAAGUAGCUUGUAGCCCUAUCUGGUAGUUCAUGUGAUGCGUCGUAGGAUUCGCAGUUGCAAAGUGAUCUUAUUGCUGAAGUAGCGCUGUAGGCUUGUGCUUCUGUCCAUAAUGAUUCCCUCUGUUCGAGGGUGUCCCGGCUGCAGAGGUGGUAAGUGGGGUGCCUCCCUCUGUUCACAGUUCACAUAGUACUACUUUUGGUUGCAUUCAGAUGGUUUAUUUGUUCGAUUAACUUCAGUAUUUCAGGUUUUAAGUGUCCUAUGUGUCUGUCUCCAAAUGAUUUUGUUGCAUAUACCAUGUUCACAUAGUUCUAUUAUCUGAACUUUUUGGAAGAA